AUGGCAGGUGGUGUGAUCUCCGGUAACUCAAAAGCUUACCCAGGAGAACUCACAUGCAAGGUCUUCAUAACAUGUUUGGUGGCAGCCUGUGGUGGUCUGAUAUUCGGUUACGAUAUCGGUAUAUCAGGUGGUGUGACAUCUAUGACACCGUUUCUCAAAGAAUUCUUCCCAGAUGUUUACAAAAAGGAGUCGGAGAUCAAAGCGUCUAGCAACCAAUAUUGCAAGUUCAACAGUGCAACAUUGACUAUGUUCACAUCUUCUUUGUAUCUGGCUGCACUUUUGGCAUCAUGUGUUGCAUCGUUUGUAACCAAGGCUUGUGGGCGUAAAAUCUCUAUGCUUGUUGGUGGUAUCACUUUCUGCGUUGGUGCACUAUUGAAUGGGAUUGCUGUAAACGUCUGGAUGCUUAUUGUUGGUCGUAUUCUUCUUGGUAUCGGGAUCGGAUUCGCUAAUCAGUCGGUACCUCUAUAUCUCUCGGAGGUGGCUCCAUACAAGUGGCGUGGUGCAUGCAACGUGUUGUUUCAACUCUCGAUCACAGUGGGGAUUCUAGUCGCGAAUGCGGUAAACUAUGGGUUCGCCCAGAUCAAAGGCGGUUGGGGCUGGCGUUUGAGUUUGGGUGGUGCUAUCGUCCCGGCUAUAAUCUUUAUCAUCGGCUCUUUAACACUCGCGGAUACUCCAAACUCGCUUAUCCAACGUGGAAAACUCCAAGAAGCGAAAGAAAGAUUACUAAAAAUCCGUGGUGUGGACAAUGUUGAUGAAGAAUUCAACGAUCUCGUUGAAGCCAGUGAACAAUCUAAGAAAAUCAAGAGCCCGUGGUUGAAUCUUUUGAAAAGAAAAUAUAGACCACAAGUAUUUUUCGCUAUUGUUAUUCCAUUCUUCCAACAAUUAACCGGCAUGAAUGUGUUCAUGUUCUAUGCACCGGUUUUGUUUAAAACCAUGGGGUUUGGGGAUAACGCGUCACUCCUUUCCGCUCUCAUCACUGGGGCCGUUAACACGUUAGCAACCAUUGUUUCAAUCCUCCUAGUUGAUAAAUUUGGUAGAAGGUUUUGGUUUCUUCAAGGUGGCAUUCAAAUGUUUGUUAUGCAGAUUGUGAUUACGGGUGCAAUCGCAUUCAAGUUUGGGUUUAAUGGAAACCCGGGUGAGCUUGAGAAGUGGUAUUCGAUUCUCGUGGUUUUAGCCAUUUGCAUAUACAUUGCUGGGUUUGCGUGGUCUUGGGGACCGUUGGGUUGGCUCGUGCCUAGUGAAAUAUUUCCACUCGAGAUCCGAUCAGCCGCACAAAGUGUUAACGUUUCGGUUAACAUGAUCUUCACCUUCUUCAUAGCACAAAUCUUCCUCCAAAUGUUAUGUGCCCUUAGGUUUUUCUUAUUUGUAUUCUUUAUGAUCUGGGUGGUGUUGAUGACGAUUGUCAUUUACCUUUACUUGCCGGAGACAAAGGGGAUUCCGAUUGAAGAGAUGGCCGGAAUUUGGAAGGAGCAUUGGUAUUGGAAAAGAUUUGUUCCGGUGGCUGAUGAAGAAAUGGCAGAUGUGAAGGAUACAAAGAAGGAUGAAGAUAAAAAUUAGUUUAAGGAA